UUAAGGGAAAACUCCUCACAAUUGUGGGAAAACACACAAAAAUGAAGGGAACAUAUCUCAAAGGAAAAGCACGCUCAAACGAAGGGAAAACAUCUUAAAAUUUAAGGAAAACACAAAAAUUAAGGGAAAACGCGUCGGCAUUGAAACACCCGCCCUGAGCCCGGUCCUCCUGGCCACCAGGGAGCGCUGUGGCGCCGCGCCCCCGCCGCCACUUCCCGCCCUUUCCGCGCGCUGCGCGUGCGUUGCCGGGCGCGGGCCGGCGGGCGGCGCGCGCAUGCGCGGGGCGCGGGCCCGGCGGCGGACGGGAAUUAAAAUGGAAGAUGAGGAGGUCGCGGAGAGCUGGGAGGAGGCGGCCGACAGCGGGGAAAUAGACAGACGGUUGGAAAAGAAGCUGAAGAUCACACAGAGGGAAAGAAAGUCCAAAUCUCCUCCCAAAGUGCCGAUCGUGAUCCAGGACGACAGCCUUCCCGCGGGGCCCCCGCCGCAGAUCCGCAUCCUCAAGCGGCCCACGAGCAACGGCGUGCUCAGCAGCCCGCACUCGGCCAGCCGCCCCGCCUUCCCCGUCAAAUCGCUGGCACAGCGCGAGGCCGAGUACGCCGAGGCCAGGAAGCGCAUCCUGGGCAGCGCCAGCCCCGAGGAGGAGCAGGAGAAGCCCAUCCUGGACAGGCCGCCGCGGAUCUCGCAGCCCGAGGACAGCCGGCAGCCCAACAAUGUGAUCCGGCAGCCGCUGGGCCCCGAUGGCUCGCAGGGCUUCAAGCAGCGCAGAUAGAGGCGGAGGCGCCGUUCCGCCGGCACGGACACACGGACCCGGGCCAGGGGACCUCCCGGGGUGAUUUGCACUGUGACCCUUUUGCUCUGCCCACUGUGACCUUCAGCCCCACGCACUGUGACCUCCCCUCUCCACCCACUGUGAGCGGCCAUCGCGGCAGGGCUGUCCCCGCGGCCGGGGGACACGAGGGGCCGUGCCGGACUCGGCCGGGCGCAGGGAGUCGUGCGUGUCCCGCUCGGGUCGGAGCGAGCGCCAGCAAUAACGUUUGUUGUACACGAAACCUGGCAUUUAAGGAAAAAAAAAAAAAAAAGAUGGGAAGCCUCCCCAGCCGCGCAUGUUGUCCUCAUCACUUCCAGAACGAGUUCUGUUUCCAAGGAUUUUAGGUUCUUUUAUUUGGCUUUCUGUUUGUUUUCUGUAUCUUGGAUCGGCGGAGUGCGUGGGAAGGGUUUGAGCCGUUUGUUUGAAUCCAGAGAGGUAGCUGAGUGUUCCGAAGGGAAUUCUAAUGGAUUUCCAUGAAUGUGAUGGCUUGGGGAUGACAAGCUCAUGCUUCUCCUUCUCCAUUUCCACUGCCAUGGAAGCAAACUCCUGGAUACCCCCAGGUACCUCAGAGUUGGACCCAGUUCACAUCCUGCUCCUGUUAAAGCUUGGCUCCGAUUCCCUGCUGGCUUUGAGGAGAAGCUUAAAAUACAUCCUUUUUGGGUUCUUUUGUGUUUGGGGAGAAGGGAAUGCAGAGUGACCCCGUGCAAAUGCCUGCUGUCCGGCCACGGAGGGCCGGGUGGUGAAGAAUAAGGAAGAUGUGAGGAGGAAGAAGAGGAGGAGGAGGAGGAGAGGCUCCGGCGCCGCUGCGGCCGUGACAUCGGGCAGUGGGAUAUCCCAAGGGGUCGGCCCAGCGGUGCAGGGAUGGUACGAGCUCCCUGGAAUGGCAGAACCGGGAACCAGACCAGCCUUGGGGAAAGCCUGGAUGAUCCCCCCAUCUCCCUAGAGGCAGCGAGGCCUCAGGGAAGGGAUUGUCCUGCUCUGGCUCCUGGGAAGAGGACGGGGAGGCUGCUGCUCCCCAGGAAUGGAGAUGUUUCCCUCUGGAUGAAGCUGAGGAUCACUCAAUAUCAAAGGAUUGGAUGAACACUAAAUGCUCUUCCUGGAGGGCCAGGACUUGGAGACCCAGGUGGUUCCCAAGGGAUUCCUGAGUCUGGGUGCUGCCUUCAGUAGGUUCAAGGGGGAAUGAGCCAAUCUUGAUAUGCACGAAAAGCCCUGUGUGGAAAUGAGGCUGAAAUCCCACAGAAAGGGGAAAACAGAAACUACCUGUGUAUCCAACCCCCGGAACCUUAAUGAGUUCCUCACACCUGGUUCCAGGUGGGGCGGGAUUCCCUCGGGAUUCCCCCUGGGAUCCUGGGGACUUUUGGGGGAUCUCACUCAACCCCCUCAGCCUGUGGGCCGGGAUGAGCUCCAGGAGGGAGCGGGAGGGAGAAGGCCGUCAGCAAUAACUGUAGUCACUGCGCCUUUCCUUAAUUAUUCCUAAAAAUAGCAUCGAAUAGCCAAAAACCUCCCAAAUCCGCCGGAUUUCUGGUGCGGCCGGUCGGUGCCGCAUCGCUGCCUCCUCCGUGGCUGGCACCGAAAUCCCCUUUUCCAGCACUGAAAUCUCCUUCUCCAGCUGCUCCUGCUGCGUCCCGGCGCCAGGACACGGUGCCCAGGACACGUCCCGCCCGCGGGCAGGGCUCGGCGGCGUUCCUGUGGGAAGCGCCUUCAUCCCGAGGAGGGGGAGGAUGGACGCGGUACCCGCGUGUUUCCGCCCCAAAACAAAAAAAAAAACAAAAACGUGCGCCGGAAAGAAAACGUUUUAUAAAUUGUAUUUUAAAUAAAUGUCUUUAAACUUU